GUCAACAAUCAAUACAUUUAUGAUAACCAGUCAGAAACCAAUCAAAAACUGCCCACAUAACAAGUGAGAGCAAAUGCACCACACAAUGUAAAUAUAGGCCAGGGGUAUCCAACAGGGCCAUUUAUUGUCCAAAUAAAUUUGAACAAAUUUCUGACUAGUCUCCACUAUAUUAUUUAGGAUACUUUAUUGGUCUAAGCCGAGGUGCUGUAUACAAAGUAGCCUACAAUUAUCACAUGACCAUAACUAUUCCAUGGCCAUAUUAAAACACUAGGAAAUAUGCAUCACGUUUGAUAAAAUCUUGUGCAAGGUAGACAUCUAGUGGUCUUCAACGUGAAGUAAAAUGAAGAAAACCAGAGGAUAGCACACUUUAAAGUAUCUAAAAGUUUAUUUUAAAACUAAGUAUUGCAUACGGAGAAAAGGUCGCAUUAUAUACAGUAGCCUACAUGAAGUAACAAUUUUACGCAAAACAUACUUAAAUCCCGGAAUAGGCAAUAUUUGCAUUAUCUAAACGGAUUCUGGAGUUUAAUCGCAUUUAGGCUCUUUAUACAAGAAAGGUACCUCCACAAUACUUUUAACGUGAGUGACACGAGUUGCCUUCACUUACAGGGUUUUAGGGAAACUGCUCCCUGCAGCUCCCGCGGAACAAACAGCACAUUCACUGGCAGCAGUCAGUCAGUCAGCAGUAAAAUAUCUCUGGAGAAUUUACUUCUCUUUCUCUCUGAAUGUCACAUUUGUUCAACCGCACCUCAUACAAUGAGGAUUAUAAUCUGGAUCAUCGCGAGCGCUUUCCUGUUCAGCGUCAUCUUCACGCAACGACAUCAAAGACCAGUUUUUACAUGUGGUGGGAACUUCACUGGAGACACGGGACUGAUUGGGAGUCAGGGGCAUCCCGGGGUCUACCCUCCCAACAACAAAUGUGUGUGGAGAAUUACUGUUCCUCAAGGAAGGGUUGUCUCCCUCUUGUUCAGAGCUCUGGAUCUUGAGAGUGAUAGUCUUUGCAGAUAUGACUUUGUUGAUGUAUACGAUGGCCACAUCAACGCGCAGCGUCUCGGCCGCUUCUGUGGUACAGCCAAAGUCUUUGCAGAUAUGAACGGAGUGUUGAUUCUUCUCAAUUUACUAUCUUCAGGUUCCUCAAGGAAGGGUUGUUUCCUUGCUGUAUACUCAGCGAUUCGCCCAAAUGAAAGAGGUGACCGGUAUUGUGGGGGUCUUUUAGACAAACCCUCCGGGAUGAUAAAAACCCCUAACUGGCCAGAUAAAGACUACCCAGCAGGAGUAACGUGUUCCUGGCAUAUUGUUGCUCCUCAAGACCAGAUAAUUGAGCUGAAGUUUGAGAAGUUUGAUGUGGAGAGGGACAGCUACUGCCGCUAUGACCAUGUGGCUGUGUUUAAUGGUGGAGAAACGAACGAGUCACGGAAGAUCGGCAAAUUCUGUGGAGACAGCCCACCCAUGCCAAUUUAUUCUGAUGGCAAUCAUCUCUUCAUCAAGUUUCUGUCAGACCUGAGUCUAACUGCGGAUGGAUUUAUUGGCCAUUACCUCUUUAAAUCGCGGACUCUCAGCACAGCCAGUGUCCCUCUCACUCCCAUGAGCACUAUCCCUCCCACCACACCACCCGCAGCCCUUACAUAUUCAGAAGGUCUUUGCAAGCAGAAAUGCAAAAGGACUGGAACAAUUGAAAGCCAUUACUGCUCUAGUAACUUUGUGAUUACAGCCACCCUUAUCUCAGCAGCCAUGAGGGACCACAGUGUCCUCGCCACCUUCUCCAUCAUGCACCUUUAUAAGGAAGGAAGUUUAGCCAUCCAACAGGCUGGGAAGACCAUGAGCACCAAAGUCACGGUCCUCUGUAAAAAAUGCCCUCUGGUCAGAAGAGGCGAGUAUCUUUACAUUGACCUCCUUCUACAAUACUCCCAACCUUAAUCAUUUUAAUUGAAACCAUCACAGCCUAAACUAAGACCCGAUGAGUCCAGCAGAUGUUUGUAGUUGAUUGAGGUGGAUUUUGGAAGUUGAUAGUUUGCAAAUUUCGAGCUCCCCCAAGGUCCUUUGGCUCCAUUUGUGGUGUUGAGAUAUUUCAGGCAGGAUAUGCCAUUUCAGCGUCACGGUGUGUAACUUAAGCUCGCUCAGAAGAGGGUCUCAGUCGGUUUCCUUGAAUCACGGACAGCUAGAAUAAUAAUUCUCUUCAACCACAUGGAUGGUAUUUGACUUUAUUGUGCCAUGCUUUACCUCAGCUCACUUAGUGUUGAAAUAUUAAGCCACUGCUCGGAAACUCUGCAAAGCAACAGUUUUUUUUUUAGGGGAAUUUCUCACCUCAGCUGAAAUUUCUAUGUGCCAUAGAGGAAUGUGUGUUGAAAUAUGCAGGAAAGUUUUUGGCGGUUCAGAGGAACAGAUUAACAUUAAUCAUUUGUAGUGGAAUUUUUGUUGAAAUGGAAAGCCAUGGAAUAAACAAAAUAUUAUAUGCUUUGCCUCAAAUUGUAUGAAAAUAAAGUCACAUGACCAAAGGUGUGUUAUGACCUUAUAUUAACAUAGCUGUGUUAAACGGACAAAUUAUAAGUUUAAGUUUUAAUAGGAAUGACAUUAAAAUAUAUUUUAGUUUAAAAUAAAUGCUGGCCAUGCAUUCAACAGUACAAUGUAACUAUAUUUCAAAGACAAUAUAAUUAUAAAAUUUCAUACAAUGGUGGGCUAUUCUAAAGUAUUAUUGGAGAAAAAGGAAUGCAGCAUGAUUUUGAUACAGCUUUUAUGCAAUAGUUCAAUAAUCAAGAGGUUAAAGAAACAGUUCAACCAAAAUUAAAAAUCCUGUCAUCGUUUUUCAUUCUUCAUCCUCAAGUUGUUCUAAAUCUG